AUUGGUGUCCUCAUCAAGUACGACAUCAAAACGCUGGGCCGCGAGUUGGUUCCGCGCAAGGAGACAAAGGUUUCCAUGAUCGCCACCUUGGAGGUCCUGUCUCAGAUCAUGGAGGAGCUGGGAUACAAGCUCGACUCCUCUGACCUGCAGCGGAGCUUCUUCGACUACGGCAUGGACUCGCUCGAGCUCAUCCGGGUGCGAAAUCGCCUGUGUAGCAGCUUCAGCAUGGACCUGCCG